AUGGUAGCAUGUGAUGGGUUCGCCAUAUGUUGCUUCAUUGCGGAACUCACAGGGAGGAAUCCUAGAAAUUUCUGGCCGUUUUCAGAGGAGAGUUUUCCCAAGUCUAGAUGGUGGUCUUGCCCGAGAUGCACCAGUAAUAUCGAUGCUGAUGGGACAGAAGAUACUGGGCUGCCUUCAAACUCAGCAAUUAUAGUAAGUAGCAGGAAUGGGCUCAAUGGCAGCUCUUCGGUUAUCCCUAGUCAAAACACACCGAAUUCACCAACUGCCAUUGAUCAGGAGAAAGAAAUGAAUACUGAUCAUAUUACGGUUAAUGCUGCGGUGGAGAAUGAAACUGUAAACUGCGAAAGAUCUCAGCAGGAUGAUCAGACAGGUAAUGCUGCUGUGGUGAAUGAGGAUGUAAACUGCGAAACAUCUCAGAAGAAUAAUAAAAGAGUUACUAGGUCUAGCAAGAAAGUUCAUCCACCACCGGUGAGAACUUACGCCCUACGGAACAAGAGCAAAAGAGUCGCAGUGCCAGAGCCAGUGGGAAACAAGAGAGGUGAGAAACAAAACGUGGAGCAGCUGGCUCUGACCAUUCUUGCAUCUGCUGUGGUUGAAGACGCUCAGCCUAAGGCAUCUGAGAGUAGAAGUCUUUACAUCGGUGGGGUCCCCUGUAGAAAAACUCGUACGGUCCGUACUCGAAGACUGAAAGAUUUGACUGAUAAGCCGGUGAUCAACAACACAAGAAGAGAAGAGCCUUCUUCUCAAAAGGAAUCUCUUAGAGGUAAAAAAAGAAAGUCCCCACCUGGAAGCAGUAAACGCGGCAGGAAAGUAAGCACAGGUGGUGAAAUUUCUGGAAGUGUAUUCUUCAACGUUGACUCUGAACAUGGUGGUAGUGAGCGAACUGAUAGUGGACCUGACAUAGAUCAUAUUAAGGGUAAGAAGAAGAACGUAAGGUUCCAGGUUGAUGAUGAUGAUGACGAGGCUGAGAAUGAUGUAGAUCCUAAUCCUCCGAUGGCUAAGAGAACUACGAAAGUCAAGAAAAUGAGAACUAGGUCAGAAGCAGGUCCUAGUAAGAAGGCCUUUUCAAGUCUGCAAACUAUAAUAGAGGAAGAGGAGCCGGUUCCUUCUCCUCCAAGGGAUCAGAUAACAGAGGAAAGAGUUGCUAAUUCACUUGAUGAUCAGUUGGCUUCAGAUGGAUAUGAUGAAACUCAAGAUAAUAGCCGUACGAGGUCAGGAGAUGUAGUAGGACCAAGCUAUGUUCCAGCGUUUGGUAGUUCUUCUAUACCAAGCACAAGUAGAGGGCUUGGAGAUGGAACUGGUGCUCUUUACUUUGGUAGCAGCAGCAACAACAACGAGAACAAUCAAAGAAGCACCCCUCCUUCUACAGUAGUUGCAGAUCAAUCUUCCGUGCCGCACAAGGAUGGUUCUGUUUCAGACAGGAAAGGGAAGGGAGUUAUGGUCCAAAGCAAUGAUGAAACGGAGAACACUCAAAACAACGCUCUUCCCAACAAAGAAGUGAACGUGAGCAACAACAUACCUCAAGAGGUACCACCAAAACCAAAAAACCCUUUAAUGUUCGAUCUCAAUGAGACGUAUGAGGAGGAUGUUCCCUCGAUGGAGGACAACACCAAUGCAGCAAGAGAAGAAGAAGAAAAAGAAGAAGAAGAAGACAGUGACCCCACUGAACCAGAGCAGAACUCUGUUGAGAUAUCCCCACCAAGGCAGAUCACUUACAUGCCUUCUCCAUCAGUCCUGAUGCCUCCUCCGGUUCAAGAAACCCGACCCAGCUCAAUUCUGUUUCCUGGACACAACCCCCGGCGGAUGGGGAAUAGGCCAAUGACUACUCAUCAUCAUCAUCAUCAUCAUCAUCCAUAUUCAUAUCCAUCCCCGUAUCAGGUAGUAGGUGUUCCUCCUCAGUACAUAGCACCUUCUCCUCCAGUUUGGGCAUCACCAUCCAUGAUGCCACCACAGUAUCAUCAUCAUCAUCAUCAUCACAGUCCUCCUGCUCCUUUCAACGUGGAUUAUUCAAGUCUGUUGGCACAACAAGCGCAAAGAAGUGAUACGUGGAACAACCUCAUCUAUUAUGAGCCCAACUCAAUGAACCAAGCAAUGAUGAGCCCUAUGGAUCCUCGGUUUAGGCCAAACACUCCGGUUAACCACCAUGGUAACAGUUUUUUCACUCCAAGACAUGUUUCCCCGGUUAACCAGUAUAUCUCCCCAGUUAACCAGUAUAACUCCCCGGUUAACCAGUAUAACUCCCCGGUUAACCACCAUGGGAACAAUUUUUUCACUCCAAGACAUGUUUCCCCGGUUAACCAGUAUAACUCCCCGGUUAACCAGUAUAACUCACCGGUUAACCAGUUUAGACAACUUCUAGAGCUUCAACAUAGUCAUGAAAGGGCGGUGUAUCCUAGAACCAACAGUAACCAAGGAAGAUUCCAGCGAAUGAGAAGCAUAGCGAGCUCCAACAAUGCCUCUGCGUUGCAUGCUGAGAACAGCACUAUGUCCUCUGCAUGCAUUGUUAACCGAUACCCUGGUGAGAUCAGCGAUAUCGAGCCAGGGAAUGUCUACAUGGUAAGGGCGGAAGAUCUUCAUGUCCCUGAACGCAUGGCGGAGUUUGGUCAGGAAAGUGGCUAA